AUGCCUGCCGGCCGUUGCUUUCCGCUGCUAGUACUGACACAUUUGCACUGGGGCCAGUCCUCCUUGGCCUCCUACGAAGGGUGGCGAGAGAAGUCAGUGACAGAAGCCAACGCAAGUGCAGCGGCUGCCACGGCGAUUGCAUCCCAAUACUGCCGGACAGCGGGCGCCUCUGAGGUAAUUGACGAGGCAGCAGCACGAAGGAGUCUCGAGGUGGGAUCUGGAUGGCGCGACCUCAUCUUGCGCCUCUCAGACAGGGCUAGACAGGCCGAGGAGACAGGCGAGUGGUCGCUGGACGACACUCUGGACCCUGGCUUUUUUGUCAGGGAAGCUUUGAUUGUGGUGCUGGCGUUGAUACUGUGUGUGUUCUGGCUUCUGGCUUCUUGGUUCGUGCACUGCCCAUGCUGCUGCCGCUUCUUGUGCUGCUGCUGCCAGCGGAAGUGGGCCACAGGGAAGGUUUUCAAAGGCUCGGCUUGGCUGCUCUUCAGCGCCUUGGGCAUUGCCGGUGUGGUCCUAGCCUCGCGGGCCCUGACGGGAGCCACAUACACCGAGGACGGCGUGCUGGGCUUUCGGUGCGCGAGCAGCACCUUCGUCAAGGAUGUGCUUGGAGACCCGAGGAGCGGAUUCUUAGCAGGGAGGAGCACCCUCGUGAAUUUGACAGAGCUGCUGCGGAACGGCUCGUUCUUCUCCAGGAACCUGACUGCUAUCCUCGAUCGAACCUCUGCAAUUGUCAGUACCGCAGGUCUUGCUGAUGGCCUGCUCGCUGCUCUCAUUGCCAACAUGGCGGAUCCGGUGAACAGAGAGCCUGUUGAUUCGAGCGGGGCCACCUUGUAUCACGAGUGCCAGGUUUGUGGGCCUUUGAUGGGGCUCCUCACCGAAACAUCCGACCUCUUAGGCGCCAGUGCGGGCAUGCAGAUGCGAGCACUACGCAGCCAGGCCGAGGUCUUUCAAAGCGAGGCGCCCGUUCACCUCCAGAAAGUUCUCAGGCAAGCGCUGGAGGCGUCAGACAUGGCCAUGGCUACCAUCGUCGAGGACUAUUGGAAAACACUACGAGGCUAUGAUCUCCGGGACCUGGGGCAGUUUCUGGACCACCUGCUUCCCUUUCUGCCACUGGUGGUCCUUGCUCCCCAUGCAUACUAUUUCGUGCUGAUGAUGUUCGCCGGGGUCGGCCUCAGCGUGUGGUCCGUCAAAGACAGGAAAGGCGAGAAGCCAGAUCACUGUUGUGUCCGGUUUUGCACUGGGCGAGCCGCAGACUGCGCGUGCUGGCAUGCCAUAUGCCUCCUCAUCAUUUCGGGAGUCGCGGUGACUGUGGCUGUGGUUGGAAGUGGCAUCUGCCUCCUUGUUAUAGACACUGACAGAGAGAAUGGUGCAAACCUGCUGCUUGCCUCUUGCGGGCCCCGGGACUCUGAGAAUGAUUGUCACCGAUAUGUAGAGAUAUCCGGCAGCAUGCUUUCCUGUCUGACUACAACCUCCCCAAAUACCAGCAUCCUGGACUUCAUUGAGGUUCCCCCCUUGAAUCGGACAGUGAAGCACGAACUGACGGCUGCCAUGGACCCUAUUCUUCUGCAGAUGCAUGAGGUGGCGGCAUCAGGCACAGACAAGCUGGCCGAAAACCCCAAGGUCACGGACCUUCUGGCCAUGAUCGACGUGCUUGAUCUGAAGGCUCUGUACCUCCCUACAGAGUCCAAGAUUUCCGGGAGCCCUUUUGAAGCCAUGGCAGCUGACAUCCCGGGCCUCGGUGAUGAAGGUCAGAACCCCUUCAGGGCCUACCUGGCAAACAGCGUCUCCUGCCUCAACGUGACCUUGAGCUCAUCCCUCAAAGCUUUGGGCAAUCGCUCUGUCCCGGGCAUCGAUGCCAUGGUAUCAGAUGGGUUUUCCGGCGUGCCGCCGCUGGCAACCUACAUGGAUGCACUCUCCUACUCCUGCCCUACAAUCACAAGUCACGUGUGUACUGCCGGCCCGACGCACCAGGCUUGCGAUGUCUCCGUGGCCUUUGUGAACAACAUCAAACAAACCGUCGCAAAAGAUGCGGUGUUUAGGUGCUCCUACCUCCUGCAGGGACACAGCGGCGUGCAGUCGGCCAGUGAGUCUUUCAGUGAUGGCGAAGCCUCAAAGGUAUGGAAGGCUUGCAGAAUCGCGGAAUUUGAGGCGCUAUUGAAGGGAGCGGCAAGGGACUUGCGAGCAGUUUUCAGGCGGCUUGAUGAGAUUUCUGAACGGCUGAAGGGUGACUUCAUCGAGCUGAAGGACAUGGUCCGAAGAGAGGUGGCCGAUCCUCUCGCCGCGUUCCAGCACAGCAACUCUUGCCGAAUCCAUCACAACAACUUCAAGGCCAUGUCGAGCAACCUGUGCUACCGCGGCAUGUAUGGACUGAACAUGAUUCUCACCAGCUUCACGAUGUCCGGUCUCAUGAGCCUUUGCCUUGGCUUGAUACUCCUCACCGCCUGGAAGAUCUCGAGAGACAACGCAGACACACACAAGCCCAGUGUCGUGGUGGCCGCUUCCGUUGAGGAAGACUUGCCACUUUUUCGGAACGCAGCCGUUGCAACAUCAAGCCGGUCUGGGGAAGACCACUUCCGAAUCUAA